ACCCAGAGAUCAGCUACCAGCUGGGGGGAGUUUUUUUUUUUUUUUUCCUUUCAAAUCAACCCCAUCACGAUUCUCGCAGUCUCGGGUCACGAUGCGCGCAUGGGUCCGCGGAUGGGUAAUAUGCGAGUUACUUAACCUAGGUGCGCCCGCAAUAUGGUCAUUCUACUCCUUUGCCAAAUCUCUUUCGCGGACGGAGGCGCGUAUUCGGAAAUUCGCAGACGGAUUCCGCCCGAAGGGCUGCUACUUGGUAGGCGGCCUUGGACAGAGACGGCAUGGCAUCAUGCCCGAACGAAGGAAUGGGAUACGGCCUCGGGCCACCAGUAGGCCGAGCGCACCCGCGGCGGUAACUGCGUUACUGCGUAGAACAGAUGAUGAAGUGAUCCUCUCCAACCUCUUCUAGACCGCCGACAACCCCUGCGCCUGUCGCUUAGUCCAUCCCGUGCUAGCGGACGAUCAAACGGCUUCGUGAGGAGCCCCUGAGACGGGUUCA